AUGGCUGUUGAGCCGGCACUCGCUGCGGUGGCGCUGCAACCGCCAACCCCGAUGCUGUUGAGUCCCAGCCAAGUCCUUCCUCCCAAGGUGUCGGAGUCUCCAGCAGCCCCUGCGCUGGCACCGCCACCUUUCACUCCGAUGCAGCCGAGCCCGAGCCAGGCAAAGCGGUCGUUGAGCCGCAGCCCGAGGCGUGAGGAGCCCUUGCCGCAGCUGGGCGACUGGGCCGUGAGGGGCCCGACGUCGACACCCACCCAGGCGCAGGAUCACCCGAAGCGUGGCGACGUGCCGAUUCGUGGCCUGGCUAGCCCCGCGCGAGCGACGCCACGGGCGGGUGCCACGCAGGAGCCUCCACCGAGCGCAGGUUGGGCUCGGGGGCGCGGUGCGCCAGAGGCCGACGACGAUGAGCCGCCGGGACCUGCGGGGCGGAUGCUGGCACUGCCAGGGGCGCGUCAGUCCGGACUGCAGCAGAACACAGGUGUGGCAGGCAAGAUCGACUGGGUCGAUAAUCUCGCAUGGCUGCGUGCUCUGAAGCACCUGCAGCUGCCUUUCGAUGUCUUCACUCUCGGCCAAAACCGUGACGGUUCUCUGCCUGGUCGUCAAACCCUCGCGUCCUUGCGGGCACUAACCGACGAUGUGCCGCAACGGUGCUGCCUUCUGGUGCUGGUCCGGACAGUGGAGGUCCUAGCCGGCGAAGUGGAGGCACUGCUUUGCGACCCCACGGGGUCGGCGUGGGCCUCCAUGGACCGGCGUGUCGCAGGCGCAUGGCCCAAAGCGUGCUGCGAAGGGUCAGUGCUCGUCCUUCUGGGUGCCUUGGCUUUACCCGGCCCCCGCCUUUUCGUGGGACCCCGAGCCGUGACACAGGUGUUCCAGCAGAGCGACUCCGAGACAGCCGAGGCCGCCGAGCUCCGCGCCGCAGCGCGCAGGGCGGCACUCGGCGCACCUUGA